UCGUAACAGGAAGCAGCGUUUGGGUAGCUGGGAGUGACGUUCACCUCGGCCAAUGGGAGGCGGGAUGGCGCUCGGGCGGGGCGUCUCCGGCCCGGCGAGGGAGCGCGACCGUCUUCCGGCGGGGGGGAAAAAGCGGUUUAUGACCGUUUUUCACGCAACUAUGGCAGCAUCCCUGUGUGGUCAAAACUGAAGACAGUUGGACACCGACUCCCAUUUCUGACUGUUGCAAUGUCCAAGGAUCACCCUUCCCACAAGCAAAGUCAACGGGGAAGCCAGAUUCAUUUAACAACCAAGUUACUAAUUUUAACAACUGCAGUGAUUUGCUUAAUAACGGUGGCAAGAAAGAUCGUAAAUGCGACCAAAACUCACUUAACAAAUGGCUCAUCUAGCGACAUAAAUUUUGGGCUCAAUUGUGGUCAUAAGUCGAGGACUACCUGUAAAAGGUACCAAAAAAUUGAGGUUCAAGGUAUCUGGAGCAGUUCUUUUUCUGAAAUUCUUGUGUUGCGGCCAAUUCAGAAUUUGCAGGAUGGAUACUGAAGCAGAAUGACAUUAAAGAAGAUGCCAGAACUGAAAUAAAAUGAAAUGUUUAUUAAAAUUGUCCCCAUUGAAGCACCAGGAACCCUUCUCCAAUCUUUCAUGGUGAGCCUAAGUGAUGGGGGUGGCCUGUCUCCAAAGAGCCUGCUUGGUGUAAUGGUUAAGGUCCUGCCCUAGAAAGCAGAAAAUUGAGUUCUAGUCUCGCUUUAGGCAUGAAAGCCAGCUGGGUGACUUUGGGCUAGUUGUCCGUCUCUCAGCCCAACCCGCCUCAAAGGGUUAUUGUCAUCUUAGGAGGAAGGAGCAUUAUGUAUAUUUACUGCCUUGAGUUGCUUACAAAGCAAUAAAGUGUUAAAAUCUAAUAAAUGUCACCUUGCAAAGAGGUGGCUUUUGUUGGGCAACUUAUAUAGAUAGACCUAUAAUCUCUGUCCCCCUCUAUCCGGAGUUGCCUUGUUAGACAUCAGCAAGGGAAAGCUGCAUAUUAAUGAGGAUUGAGUGUCCAGCAAGUAUUAAGUGCCUUUUACAGCAAGGAGGGAAAUAAUUAACCGAACGGGUUAGAGCAGAAAAUGUGUUACAUUUUGCAAGGGUAACUCUGAAGAGCUAGCAGCCUCUUCCAGGGGUUAAUUUAAAAAAACCUGGGCCAUUCAGAAGAAGUGGCAUAAGAAGGCAACAGGGAGAGAAAUGUUAGUCCUUCCAAGGCUGCUUCCAUAACUUGCCCGGAGCUAUAUUAGUGGAAAGGCUGAUAGACAAAGUUUGUCUUGAGGGUUUAUUUUUGUAGCUUGAGGCAAGGUGAUUGAGGCAAGGAGGAAACGGGGCAGGUGAGUUCUCCUCUGAAGGAGAGCCCCUUCCCUGCCUUAAAAGCAUUUCUACUGAAGGAGGCGUGGCCACCGUCAAGACGAGACAGACGCCAACCCCGGGAGCUCCAGGGGGAGCGCCAAAAAUCCCAUCAUCAUGGGGGUCCAUAAUGGACCAUAGCUGUCCUGCAGGGACAGCAAAGAAAGAAGGAACCGCCGGAGAGAACAGGGAAGUUGCAAAUUCCCUGCAGCACCGGCCUUUUAUCCUUAGACCCAGCAAUGAGGAUCGCAGCCAUUACAAGCUGCCAAAGUCGGGACGGCCACAUAAGUUCGUGCAGGAGGUUGAAGCGGUGAAUUGGACAAAUAUAGAAGCCAGCUUGCAGAAGAAGAUCUUUGAGCUCAGUGGGGCCUCCUGAGAUCUGAAGGAAGCAGGCGAGAGAGCCAGUCCUGACGCAGGAGGUUGCUUGUUCCAGGAAGACCUUGAUCCACUCUGUUUGGUCUUGCAUUAUUUGAGUUCAGAGGUCAGAACAAGGGAGUGGAAAAAAAACCCUCACUGAUCUUUACAUACUGGACACGAACUCUGUUUAUUACAGGCUGGCUCUGCAGGGGUUCCAUUGUCAAUGGGUGCAUUUAUACUGAACUCUGUAUCCAGCCUGGUCCUCUAGUUAAUCAUUCUCCAGAAAGCAGCCAUGAGCGCAGUUGAGAUCAAGCCAGAACUUCAACAAAGCCUCUGCCCGGCAGAGACGCAGACAGACAGUCAGGCAGCUGCUGGCUCCCUCUUUUGAACCCUUGGCUGCCACCCUUCCUCUCCCCUUGGUCAGCAACUCUGCUGCGCCUGCAGUUUGGACUCUUAAAAGCGGAACAGCCUACUACUUCCCUCCAUUCUUUUCUUAACCCGUGGAAGCACAAGCCCAUCCAACAAUGGCGGGAAAGAAUUAUAACUAUCACCGGUUUGUCAUAUUCACUGCUAUGUACGCUGGGUACACCUUGUACUAUUUCAACAGAAAAACCUUCUCCUUCGUGAUGCCUUCAAUCAUGGAAGAAGUACGAUUGGACAAAGAUGAUUUGGGUCUCAUCACCAGCAGCCAAUCUGCCGCUUACGCCAUUAGCAAGUUCGUGAGUGGUGUCCUCUCAGACCGACUGAGUGCCCGCUGGCUCUUCUCUUCCGGCCUCCUCCUGGUGGGAUUGGUCAACGUGCUGUUUUCUUGGAGUUCUACCGUUGCCCUGUUUGCAGGACUCUGGUUCUUCAACGGGCUGGCCCAAGGCCUGGGCUGGCCCCCCUGUGGCAAAGUGCUGCGCAAGUGGUUUGAACCUUCCCAGUUUGGGACUUGGUGGGCCAUCCUCUCCACCAGCAUGAAUCUGGCCGGAGGGAUCGGACCCAUUGUGGCAGCGUUGAUGGCACUGAGUUAUGCCUGGCGCACCACCCUGGCCUUCUCUGGUUCACUGUGUGUGGUUGCCUCCUUGGUGUGCCUGCUCCUGAUUAAGAAUGAGCCUUCAGAUGUAGGACUGCCCAACCUUGACUCUAAGCCCAAGAAAGGGAAACAAGACUCCUCGAAGGAUGACAGCACCUUGGCUGAGCUGCUGUGUUCUCCCUACCUCUGGGUCCUUUCUUCUGGCUACCUGGUGGUGUUUGGUGUGAAGACGUGUUGUACUGACUGGGGACAGCUAUUUCUCAUUCAGGAGAGAGGACAGUCUGCCCUUGUGGGCAGUUCCUAUAUGAGCGCUUUGGAAAUUGGGGGCCUCGUGGGCAGCAUUGCUGCUGGUUACCUUUCGGACCGUGCAGUGGCCAAGGUGGGUCUCUCAGUCUACGGAAACCCUCGGCAUCCCCUACUACUCCUGAUGAUGGCCGGCAUGGCUGCCUCGUUGUUCCUUUUUCGAGUCACUGUAACUGACAGCUCCCCCAAGGGAAAUUAUUCUUGGAAUCAAUUCCUUUAUCCUCUGGCUGAUCUUGUGGGCCUUACAGAACAUGAGCUCUGGAUCCUGCUCUUAGGAGCCAUCUUUGGAUUUUGCUCUUAUGGACCGAUUGCACUGUUUGGCGUCAUAGCCAAUGAGAGCGCGCCAUCCAACCUGUGUGGCACAUCUCAUGCCAUUGUUGCCCUAAUGGCUAACGUGGGAGGCUUCCUGGCUGGUCUGCCUUUCAGCACAAUUGCCAAACACUACAGCUGGGGAACAGCCUUCUGGAUAGUGGAGCUGAUCUGCAUAGCCAGUACUGUGGCCUUUUUCCUUCUGAGAAAUAUCUGCACCAAGAUGGGUCGUGUGCCAAAGAAAGUGGACUGAAAGGCCGCACGACUUGGCUGCAAAGGAGCCUCCUUCAUCCACAGCCAGGACUUCAGAAAGGAAAAAGGUAGACUGCUCUAAGCAGGUUUACUGCCUGCCUUUACAAAGUGGUGGCAAAAUCUCACCUGGUUGUUGCUGCUAGUUCUCAUCCUUCAAAACCUAAUGGAGGCCCUUAGUUGGAACUCAGGAGCAAACAUUUGCCUGUCACAGCCUCUGCUGGAUUCACUGGCAGCGCCCAGCAGUGGGGACAUAGCAGCUGAAUAGAAGUGUCACUUUGAGAAAUUGCUUCACACACACACACACACACACACACCCUUUUGGUAUGUGUUCUCAUUUCCUACGUUAGAUUUUCAACUGACAUUUUCCAAAUCUUCUCACAAAUUACACUCAGGUAUAACCAAACAGGAAAAAAGUUAGAAAAAAAGGGAGCCAUACGCUUACUCUGUUUAGGUUCAGUCGAUAGCAGGUAAGUUUAGAAGUGGACUAAAAACUACUUUUAGAAUUUGAGAAAGAGUAACCCUCAGAUCAAACUUUGUUGACUGUAUCACAAGUAUCAGUAUAAACUGAGGGGUUCAAUGUAAUAGAAGAAAAGUAGUGUUAAACUGUGAGGGUUGGAACUGCCUAACAGUUCUGCAGCCAUGAAGAUUUCCAGAUGUAAUUAAAUGCCUUUAGGAAUAAAUCUUGCUAUAUUUACUAUAAUAGCUUCUAAACUAUAACUGUUAUAUGGAAUGUCAACAAAAAUAAAGAAUUGUCCA